AUGCGUUAUCACCUCAUUUGGUUAAAAUUUGGCUUAUUACAUUCUUUCUUUCUUUCGUAUUCGCUUCUUUCUUUCUUCCUUUCUUUCUUCCUUCCUUUCUUUCAUUCAAUAUUUCUUAUCUCUACAUAUGCUUCAAAUUGUCGUAUUCGAUUUUCUUUCUUUCUUUCUUUUCUUUCUAUCGUCUUUUUCUUUUUAUCGUCAUUUGCUGAAAAUUGUGCUAAUAUCUUUCUUUCUCAUCUCCUCAUUUGCUUAAAAUUUGGCUUAUUCGCUUUCGUUCUUUCUAUAUUUCGAUUAUUCGCUUUCUUUUUUUUUCAUUCUUUCUUUCAUAUUUCAUCUCCACAUUUGCUUAAAAUUUGGCUUAUUUGUUUUUUUUCUUCUUCUUUUCGUACCUCAUUUCUUCGUUUACUUAAAAUUUGGCUUAUUCGCUUUAAUUCUUGCAUUCGUUUCUCUUCUUUCUUUCUUUCUUUCUUUCUUUCUUUCUUUCUUUCUUUCUUUCUAGAGAACCCUCCUGAUUUUUUUUGCUUUCUUUUUCUUACUUCGUCUUCAUUUUCUUUCUUUUUUCUUUCUUUUCAAGUAUUCUAUUCGUUUUUUUUUAAAUAUCCAUUUUCUUUUUUCCCUUUAAUAUUUUUGUCUCUUGUAAACCGUCUUUCAGCAGAUGCAUAUUAUAUUUCCUUAAAUCAUUUUUUUCUCUUUUACUUACUUCGACUUUCUUUCUUUCUUUCUUUCUUUAUUUAUUUAUUUAUUUAUUUAUUUAUUUAUUUUCUUCUUUCUUUCCGUACUUGUUAUCUACUCUUUUACUUAGAUUUUUUUCUCAUUCGCUUUCUUUCAUUCUUUUAA